CUCAUCUCUCAGCCAGUAAAUAUCUCCGGUUAGCCGGCCAGCGUGCUUGCUCCCUGCUUGGUUAACCAUCUGAAUCUCCGGUGGUACGUCAUGGUCCGGGGAAAGACGGUGAUCGAGAAGAUCGAAAACACCACAAGCCGGCAGGUGACCUUCUCCAAGAGGAAGGGUGGGCUGUUCAAGAAAGCCAGGGAGCUGGGCGUGCUCUGUGAUGCACAGGUAGGGGUGCUCCUCUUCUCCAACACAGGACGCCUCUACGACUACUCCAACUCCAACACCGGGAUGAAAUCACUACUUGAAAGAUACCAACAGGUUAAGGAGGGUCAACAAUUCAUGAGUGCAAGCGCAGAAGCUAAGUUUUGGCAAGCAGAGGGAGAACGUUUGAGGCAGCAACUACAUAACUUGCAGGAAAAUAAUAGGCAGUUGUUGGGACAACAUUUAUCUGGCUUAGGCUUGGAAGACUUAAGUGGUUUAGAGAAGCAACUAGAAACGAGCCUGCAUAACAUUCGACUAGCAAAGGACCAACUUAUGAUUGAUGAAAUUGAAGAGUUCAAUAAGAAGGGAAACCUCGUACACCAAGAAAAUGUUGAGCUGCACAAGAAACUAAAUAUCAUUCAUCAAGAGAAUAUAUAUUUGCAAACCAAGCUAAAUGGGCAGCCAGAAGCAAACGGGGUGAUUACAAGUUCUUCUAGUCAUUGCAGCAUUGCUGCUCGAGAUGGCGCAAAUCUAGUUCGUUUGGAACUCAGCCAACCACAUCAUGCAGAAAGGGGCGAGGAACCAGAAUCACCAACACUGGGUCUCUGACUACCAGCGGACUGAUGGACAAAUAAGAGGCCAGAUGUUUCUACUAAAAUCUAAAAGGUCUGUCAGAUGAUCGACUGGAGUAUUGAUGUGGCAAUUCUAUUCUCAAUCAAAUGCUAGUUGUUGUUUCCAGUACGUCUACCCAUGAAUUCUACAUAUAAAAUUUUAUUGUGAGAUUUGCAACUUGCUCCAGGUAAUUUUCUUUUUCUUGUUCUCAAAAUAUGAUAGUACUUGUGGCUACUGGCUAGCAAAGGAACGAGAACAUCAUUAU